GCUUCAGAAGCAAAUCUCGUUUCACCUGUCCUCUACCGAAUAGCUCAGCCAGAGGUCAAGGCUCUCCUAUUCUCUGCCACGGCCGCCAUCAUCAUCUUGGGUUAGGGUUCAUCUAAGCAAGAAACCAACUUCUCAACGAUGGCGUACGCUGCAAUGAAACCGACGAAGCCUGGUCUGGAGGAGUCACAGGAGCAGAUCCAUAAGAUUAGGAUCACUCUCUCUUCCAAAAACGUCAAGAACCUCGAGAAAGUUUGUGCUGAUUUGGUUCGCGGUGCCAAGGACAAGAGUCUAAGAGUAAAGGGACCAGUGAGAAUGCCCACUAAGGUUUUGCUUAUCACAACCAGAAAGUCUCCUUGUGGUGAAGGAACCAACACAUGGGACAGGUUCGAGCUUCGUGUCCACAAGAGAGUCAUUGACCUCUUCAGCUCUCCAGAUGUGGUGAAGCAAAUCACCUCCAUCACAAUAGAGCCUGGUGUCGAGGUGGAAGUCACCAUUGCUGAUUCUUAAAUCUGCUCCAUUUGAUGCCUUCUCCACCUCAUAAUUAGUUGAUAAGAAAUUUUCUAUUCCAUGUUCUGUUGUUUGCUUAAAUUUGGAUGACAUAAUAGUUUUAGCAAAGGACUGGCCUUAUAUUCUUAUUUUGGAGAUAAAACUACUUUGUGAUGAGGGAAUUUUGUUUGUCAGCAGCUUUCGUUUAAAUUUUUUGGUUAAUUUACUCAAAUACAACACAUUUCGAUUAUUGAAAAAGGGGUCGUUCCAAAAUGUUAUUACUAUUA